GACGCGGAUGACACGCACACACUCUCCCCGUUUCUCACAUACGGAGGAGAGAAGGACAGAGAGGGAGACAAGAGUGGAGAGACGCGGAGCAGAGGGGAAAGCGCACGGAGAGAUCAGCGGAGAAAUGCCCGCUGGACGGAUGGAUUUUAUUCUCCCUGAGCUGUACGAGCCUUUGUAAGACAACAUGGGCUGCAUUGGAUCCCGGACGAUCACAGCAGACGCGGUGCCGGUUCGGAAAGAUGGGGAUCAGCAUGGCCGUACCGAGUUUUCCUGGGAAGGAAUCAAUUUGUCUAUGGAGGAUACUACUUCUAUUCUGCCUCGACUCAAGAGGAAGUCCGCCAACGCCUACGGGAUUGGUGCCCUGGCUAAGUCCUCUCUGACAGGUGUGUCAGGUGUGACACGGUCAAUGAAGGACAAAGUGACCAAGCCCACUGCCAUGGCCCAGGGUCGGGUUGCCCACAUGAUCGAGUGGCAGAGCUGGGGCAAACCGUCGGCGGGGCCGUGCGGGGGCACAGGGCGUGCCAACCUGCAGCGGGAAAAGGAGAGGAGGAUGGAAAACGAUGCUUACAGCGACCUCAGUGAUGGCGAGAAGGAGGCUCGCUUUGCAGCAGGUAUUAUGCAGCAGUUUGCAAUCUCUGAGGCGACUCUGUUUGGCUGGAACUCGAUGGAUGGAGACAGCAUGGGAGCUGGCUCGAACCAGGGCAGCGUCGCUCACCUGAGCGAGGUCAACCAGGAGAGUAUUACCAGCAGAGACCAGGUGCUCCAUCACUCCUCUGCAGAUGUCUGGCCUCACACCUACGUCUCACAGGGCCUGUACUGCCUGUCUUCCUCUGAUGCUUGGGACCCAAUCACCAGCCAGCCCUCGGGCGUGGUUUCACCUGCCGCAGGCUCCUACAUCAUGGCUGCCGGUGGUGGUAGUGGAGCAGGAGGUACCCCUGGAGAUGGGUAUGAGGGCACGGUUGGCAGUUACCUUCAGCAGCACCAGACUCAACUUGCACUGCAGCAACAAAGUCAACUCCAGCAUCUACAACAGCUUCAUCACUACCAGCAGCAACAGUUCCUGCAGUACCAACAACAACAGUCUUUGGAGCACAGGCUACACAGUGGCUCCCCUUCCCUCCAAGCCACUCCUAACAGCACCAUCCACAGCCUCGGUCCUCCCACUCACCCCCGACUAGCGGACCUGUGGGGGGCUGCACAGGUAGAGGCCCAUCAGGUGGAGAUCGUUGGUCAGCUGAGUGGACAGAUGCUUGACAUGGUUGGAGGGGUUGUAGAGACGGUUGGGGAGGAACCGGAAACUGAAUCCGAAGGGUUCCUGGAGCAACAUGAAGAGGAAGAAGAACUGACAAGGGUAGAGGAGAUAACGCUGACCUUAGAGCCAGAGCCAUGCUCUUUAACACCAUCCCCGCUGAGGGAGGAAGCCCCAACGACAAGAGGUUCAAGCCCAGGAACACCAGCGCAGCCUGCAGAGCCCAUUCCAGAGAGGAUACCUUUCGAUGUCACCCCUUGCGUCGUCCAAUCGCUCGAAGAGAAAGACGAGGAAGUGGAGGAGGGCUCAAUUGUCGUCGUUGCAACAAACUGAGACACACGGCCACAAAAAGACUAAGACUUCAAUAAUUAAUCAAGCUACUACCCCAUCUCUUCCUUCCUUCUCCCAAAUAUUUACCUUUCUAAACCUGAGUAAACGCUACUUCAGCUGGAAAUGUUGGAUGUAAUGUAUACAAACUAGAUGCCAUCAACCCCCAGCCUCCCAAAUUUAGCAUCAAAAAACCUUAACAAGACUAUGAACAAGUAAUAUUAAAGGUCGGGAGGGACAAGAAGUCUUACACUGCUGGAACACAAGAACUGAAGAUAUAAUGAAUUACUAAUGUUUGGACCAACCGGACUGACGACCCAGGACAGGAAACCAAAUAGGGGAUAAAAGGAUGGAUGCAAAACUCCCCAAAACAGAGAGACAAAACUGAGAGAUGGAUAAAAGGGCAAAUAAAAAUAAAAAAAAACAUCUGUGCAAUACAAUAA